ACAAAGCCGAACUCGGCUCAUCGGCACCGGGCGUGGCUCCACCCGCCUACACGCCGUUCGACACCGCCGCUUCAUCGUCGUCAUCGUCCGCAACCCAAGGGCCGUUCCAAAUGAGCCCCUCCACCACGCCCUACCAGCAAUUCCCCUCAUCCAUGAGCGCAUAUUACCAAUUGAAGAUCACGCGUACCUUCCAUCUGGGCGACAGCAACAACCACAAGCUUUUCGCGGUCUCCUCUUGGAGCGGGACCAGCAGCAAGAGCCCUGGCAUCCCCUGCAUCAUCCUGCACAACGGACCAAACCCCGAGGACCCUGUUCUGGCUGUGUGUUCUGAUGAGAAGAACUGGUCGCCUUCGGCCAACUAUCCCCGAACUUUGCACAGCUCCAUGAUUCUGCCAUCUCUGGAGCCAUAUCUCUCUGGAAAGGGAAAGGAAGAAAAGCACGCGACGGAGGACCUGCGACCGGUGAUCUUCAACGGCAGCCACGUCGACUCCUUCCGGUUCUCUAUCGAAGUUCCGCAGCCUGAUGACCAGGCCGGGACCAGCAGAUUGCUGCGCGAAGACUUUGAAUGGAGGAGGACGAGUAAGGAUGGGUUGAAUGGGUACAACAACGGGUUCGAGCUGCUCCGUCUCAAGUCCGAUAUCCCGCCCGAAAAGACGAGCAGUGACGUUGGUGGUAGCGACCCCAAGGGUGAGGCUCUAGCUGCUAUUCUUUUCAAGGGGUCUUUGAGUGUAAACAAGCCUUUCUACUUCGAAUUCAAGGGUAAGGGUUUGACCGGGGAGCUGGGAGACAGGUGGUCUGUAAUGGCUAUCAUGACAGGAAUCAGAAUCUGGUUUUUGUUCUUCGCGCAUAGGGCGAAAUAA